CCUGCUUCUCGUUUCCGGUUCAAAGGUCACUCAUGCUGUUUUUUUUUUUCCUCUCGUCGUGUCGGAACGUGGGAUUAACUCGCAGCGGAGGUUGUUUUUUUUUUAAACAAAAUAUCUAAAACUCGGGUUGUGACCUCACAUGGACGAACAACUCAAACCGUCGCCCUCGGGUCACUCUGCAUCCAUGAUGUCAUCGUACACCUGCAUCAGCUGCCGUGUCCAGUUCGCUGACCCUGACGUCCAGCGCGCGCACUACAAGACCGACUGGCACCGCUACAACCUGAAGCGCAAGGUUGCCAACAUGCCCCCGGUCACCGCUGAGAACUUCCAGGAGCGAGUCCUGGCCCAGCGCGCCGCCGCCGAACAGCAGCAGGCGGACGCUCACGCCCUCGCCACCUGCGACGCCUGCAACAAGAAGUUCUCCAGCACCAACGCCUACAACAACCACCUGCAGUCGCACAAGCACCAGCAGGCCGAGAGGAAAGCAGUGGCCGCCGUCCAGGAGGCCGUGCAGCGCAUGAACGAGAAGAAUCUGGAGAAAGGGGCCGAGCUGGACAAGGACGCUCAGAACGAGGCCAUACAGAAAGCCUUGAAAGGGGAUGAGACGAAAGCAGAGACACGCCCGGUCCGAAGCCACGCCCACAGAAAGGCAGGGUCGGACAAAGCGCCGAGGAUGGAGUGGUUCGAGUCGCAAAUCAAGAAGAUCGCCACUGACGAGGGAGAUGAAGAGGAGGACGAGGAUGCGCUGGAUGAAGAAGAAUGGGAAGACGUCUGUGAUGCUGACGACGAUGAUGAUGAUGAUGAUGAUGAUGAUGAGAUGGAAGCUGACCAAGAAGAAGAAAAGCAACCGGAAGCCACGCCCCCUCCCGCUCCAGGCUCUAUCCCUGUAACCGACUGUCUGUUCUGUUCGCACCACUCACACUCUCUGAGUAAAAACGUCGCCCACAUGACCAAGGAGCACAGCUUCUUCAUCCCCGACAUUGAAUACCUGAUGGAUCUCAGAGGCCUCCUUGCAUACCUGGGCGAGAAAGUGGGUUUCGGCAAAGUGUGUUUAUGGUGCAACGAAAAAGGCAAGUCGUUCUACACGACCGAAGCGGUGCAAGCGCACAUGAACGACAAGAGCCACUGCAAACUCUACACCGACGGAGAUGCGGCACUCGAGUUCGCUGAUUUCUACGACUUCAGGAGCAGCUACCCAGACGCUCGUGAUGGAGCCGAUGUGGAAAUGAAGGACGGAGAGCUCCCCGAUGAAAAGACGGUGGAGUUUGAUGAUGACACUCUGGAGCUCACGCUGCCGUCAGGGGCGAAGAUCGGACACCGCUCGCUGAUGCGGUACUAUAAGCAGCGCUUCGGGACACAGAGGGAGCUGGUACCAGUACACAACCAGCGUGCGGUGGGACGCGUCCUGAGGCAGUACCGGGCCCUGGGCUGGGCCGGAGAAUCAGGUAAAGGCUCGGUGGUCCAGCAGCAGAAGGACAUGCAGUACGUCCAGAGACUGAAGUCGAAGUGGAUGUUGAGGACGGGAAUGAGCAACAACGCCACCAAGCAGGCCCACUUCAGGGCCCAGGUCAUGUUCUAAACCCUGGUUCCUUUAGGACGAGUUUAGGACUCUGAGGGACACUUGGUGACUUGGGUGUGGUUCUGAUUUAAGGACGUUAUUAAGACGUCGAGAGGACAUUUUUCUGAUAAACACGAUAAAAAUUGUAAAUCUGUUCUGUUCACCUGCUUAUAAAAUAAAAUAUUAAUAAAUUAAAUAAUAGAUAUUUCUGUGCAAUAAUGUUAUACAACUGACUCCAGAAUUAUUGGCGCACCACAAGUUGCAUGCAAUGUCUGAUAUUUCAAGCCGAAGUGUAAAGAUGAUGUUAUUAUUAUCAUUAUUUUGUUUGUCUAAUUAGUGCAAAUUGUUUUAGUUUUUAUUUUUAUUUGGGUGAAAUGUUUAACAAGGUUGGAAAGAAAGCUCAUGCACGGUGUGUUGUGUUGUGUUUGAAUUAAUGUCCUUUCAUUCUAAUUCUUCCUUUUUAUUCUCCUUUCUGUUCACUUUCUUCUAUUGUGUUUUUGUUUCUCUUCUUUUUUCUCACCUCUUAAAGCUGACCUUAUGAUUAAACAAUAUUACGCAGGAGAGAGUGCUGUACUGCUGAUAUAACACGGCUGCGUGUGGGUCGUAGGCCAGAGUCAUCACAGCUCUGAUAUCCUUCUGAUAUCCAGCACAGCAGCACAAUCUCGAGCCAACAGCUAAACAGUAUUUAUUAUUAUCAGGUUAUGAUUUGUUUGUUUAUUUAAUCAGUUAUUUCGCUCUGUCAACACACAUCCUCACAAAACUGAGGGAUCUAACUAACUACUAUUGGAGCUGGUGAUAACCGGUUAUAGUAAUUAACAGGGGUGAAAGUAGUUUUAAGUUUAGUCAAAUGGUGAGAAGAAUAAACUAUGGAGGUGUGGUGGACUUUUUA